UUCCUUAGCGACAGACUAGAGUCGACGGUGUCAGGGGUGGUCGCGGCGGAGGCUCUCCUCGGAGGCCUUGUGAGGCGAGGUUUGAAGAAGAGCCGAGUCGACCAACAUGGCGAAGGGGAGAGGGAAGCAGAGAGGGAAGAAAGGCAGAGAUAAGAAAGAGAAGAAGCUGACAAAAAGGGAAGAAAUAGAAUUAGAGAGAGCCAAGGCUAAUGUUGCCCUUUGGGAGACCAGAUUGGAAGUCUCAGAAAUGUCCCGGGAUGGAUAUCGUGAGGCUGUUCGGAGAUUGGCACAAUGUAAUGAGGACUUGAAGAGACAGCAGUACAGAAUGGAAAAAGAUACAAUGGCUGUGUUAAGCUACUUAAAGAGGCAAGAUUUGCAAAAAGAUCUUUUGAUUGAACAACUGAAACAACAGAUAUUAGAUGCAAAUGACAAAUCCAAGAUUGACAGGGAAAUUCUGCAAGAACACUACUCUGUAAAAAUUAAUGAGUUGGAGGGGCAAUACAAUCAAAAGACCAAAGAAAUUGGCUUAAUUCAGAUAGAACUGAAAACAAUAAGGCAGUUUCAAAGGAGGAAAACUCAAAUAGAAAGAGAAUUAGAAGAGCUAAAGGAGGAUUUAAGAAAUUCAGAGAAGAAGCAUCAAGAGAUUCUUCGAAGGUUGGAAGGCAGAUUUUUUGAAGAAAAGUGCCGACUAGAGAAAGAGGCUGAGAAGAAGAUAGUCAUGCUGGCAGAGAGAGCCCACCAGGAAGCCAUUGUUCAAUUGAACAAUGCUGGGAGAGCUGUAUUUAAAGAGAAUGUUCGUCUUCAGAAGGCUCUUGCUUUCCAUGUGAAAGAAGCCAAUGAGCUACAGAUAAACACAAGCAAGUUGCAAGAGAGUCAGACUUUGCUCCUACAACAGAAGGAAACCAAUGAGCUGUUGAUUAGGGAAAAGAUUGUGCAAAUAACUCAGCAUAGAGCCCAGAUUCAGUGUCUUCAGAAGAAAGUGGAAAAACUGGAGACAGCCCUGGGUUAUAUGACUGCUGAGUUUGAGACUGAAAUUAAAAAAAUCCAGGAGCAAGCAUUUCUAGAGAACCAGGCAAGCCGGGUGGAAAUUAAUAAGCUGGAACAGGUCCUUGAAAUGAAAGACAGAGAGAUGAAUCGAGUAAAGAGAUUGGCCAGGAACAUCCUGGAUGAGCGAACGGAAGUGGAGAGGUUCUUCCUGGAUGCUCUGUAUGAAGUGAAGCAACAAAUCGUUCUUAGCAGGAAGAAUUACAAGCAGAUGGCCCAAGCAGCUUUUAAUUUAAAAAUGAGACAGGCGUAUGCAGGAAGAACGGAGUAUCCCAGAAUCCGGACAUUUGAUGGCAGAGUCCACAGCACCAACAGUAUAAACCAAGAUCUUAGGGAGGCAGAGAAAUGGACAAACAUUAAAAAAGGAAUGGAUGUGGAUAUUGGAGACUUGACAUGGGAACAGAAGGAAAAAGUUUUGAGGUUACUCUUUGCAAAAAUGAAUGGUUGUCCUCCAAUGAAACACAGAAAAUCGUCUGUCCCUCCAGUUCCAGAUUACGUUACUCUCACCACUAGAAACAAAGACACUUUGGGGGAUGAUUGCAAUGUCCAGGAUCAGACCUUCAUCACCCAGCAAGUUCCACUCACAGAAUCUAGUGGCCUUGUCCUUCCUGAUAUUCAAAAAGGACCAGAUCAUAGGGUAUCAUAGUAAGGUGUCUGUAAUCUGAUUAAUUUCAUAUCCUUUUAAACCUUUCCAGAUAGAGGUAAUCACACAUAUUUCUUCUUUUUCUGGACAGGGAGCCCUUAGGAUCUGUGCUGAGAAAUAACAGCAUAAUUAUGGGAUCAGGGAAAUUUUUUUUUAAGUAUGGUCACACUAAAAAAAGGAACACUGUAUUUAACAUAAGAUGAAUUAUGCCUCCCUUAGUGUGACAUGUAGUUUUGGCUUGGCUGUUUAUUUUAAAAGACACAAAUGCACACAUCCUUAUGUUCUAGUAAAUAUAAACUACAAUUGGUUUAGUUAGUGCAAUCUCAGGAGUCCCUGUGACUAUUUAAUUUCACAUGAAAUUUAUACAAUAUGACCUAUUAUUACCCAGCCUAUGAAUUAUUGGAAUCAAACACGUGAGUGCAUACAUGCUUGGAUAUACAGUCACACACAUUAUGGGUUCUCACAUACACACCUAAAUUUACAUAUAUUAACCAAUCAAAUCACACAAUUUUAUAAGAGAAUAAAACAAGGGGCAUUCUACCUUUCCAAAUAUAGAUCUUUGUUACCUUAAUUAAAAGAUAGCACUUCAGAAGAGAUGUUCCUAUUGUGCCAUAUCUUUUUUUGAAAUUUAGGCUCUAGAUGAUUUAAAGUGAUCUAAUUUGGUCCAACAUUCCCUUUGGUAAAGUCAGCAAUAAGCCUACUACAUAUGUGAUAACUUGGCAUUUUAUAGUAUCUGACAAUCUUUAAUUUACUAAAUACCCCAGUGAGUUUGCUCACUGGAGAAACAGAGAAAUACAUGUCUUUUCUUUGAAAUGAGAGGAUUAGACUAGACCAUUUUUAAGGUCCCUUGAUUUGCUUUAAAUCUGCUUAUCCUAUAAGUGAUCCAGCCCCUAUCAGAGAGUCAAAGCCUUGUAUGGGAUGAAUACUAGAGCUUGCUC